AUGGAAGAAGCACAGAGAGACCGAAAAGGAGAUGUAGAUAAUGAGGAAGUCCCAACAUCACCCCAUCGUGUAGUGGAACUAGACACUAUUUUAGUAGAAGAAAUCGGACAGUUUGGAAAAUAUCAGUUACGGACUUUUUUGUUGGCCGUUUUGUUGGUGCAAUUUGUAGCUUGGAGUGCUGUGGAAUACAUAUUUACUACAUCUCGUAUUACUACCAGAUGCCUAAUUCCAGAAUGUGAAGGAGACUCCCCAGAGUUUACACCAUACUGGUUAGCGAAUGCUGUACCGGCUGGCGCUAGUGAAGGAUCUUAUGACAAUUGUGAGCGAUUUGAGAACUUGACAGCAUUACCCCGAGUGGUUGAGAGUGACACCUGUCCCAGCGCACUCUUCGACCGCAACACGAGAAUCCCUUGCGAUGACUUCGUGUACCAAAAUAAAUUCUCCGUUGUAUAUGACUAUGGCUUGGCCUGUGACGAGUGGAAACGCUCGCUGAUCGGAACAGUUAGGACAUUUGGAACAUUAACCGCGCUCCCUAUUACUGGGUUCAUUUCGGACCGAUGGGGUCGAAGAGUGGCUCUCACCAUCAAUGCUUUCAACACAGCAUGGCUUGGAGUCACGCGGUACUGGGCAGAUACUUACAUCGGCUUCAUGAUGUCUGAGUUCAUUGAAGCCACCUUCGGAUCUGGUGGAUUCUCUUGUGUCUAUAUUUUAAUGAUGGAGUUGGUGGGCCCAAAAUUCCGUGUGGCCGCUGGAGCAGCUAUGAACACAUGCUUUGCACUUGGACAAGUCACAAUGGGUCUGAUUGCUUGGGCCGUUCCUGACUGGAGAAAUCUCACAUUGGCACUGUAUAUCCCGCAAUUCAUCACCAUCUUUUACUACUGGCUUAUCAGCGAGUCUGUGCGCUGGUAUAUGAGCAAGGGUCGUUUUGACGAAUCCGAGGCUUUGCUUAGGAAAGUGGCUCGAGUCAAUGGGAAACAAAUAUCAGAGAAGUCCUUGGAAGCAUUGCGUCAUACGGCAGAAGAGAAAUUGAGGGUCAGUGCUGAAGAAGCAGCAAAGAAGGGCGGGGAAACCUGGCUGGUAGUCCAAGUGUUCAGACAUAAGCGAAUACUGAUACGUGUACUCAUAUCCCCUAUUUGGUGGAUCACGACAACCUUCAUCUACUACGGACUGUCGCUCAAUGCCGUGAACAUGUCUGGCAAUAGAUACCUGAACUACGUGGCUGUAUCAGCAGUUGAGAUCCCUGGAUUUUGGAUCUCGUACUUCUUGAUGGACAGAAUUGGAAGGAAGCCUGUAUUGACUGGAGCUUUCUGGUUGUGUGCUGCUUGCCAAAUUGCGUACAUAUUUAUACCUACGAGAUAUGUACGGUGUAUCUCUCACGGUAUACCUUAUAGCUAAGUGUUCUAUAGCGAUGGUGAUGACAGCAGUAUAUGUGUAUACUGCGGAGUUGUACCCAACGAAACAUAGACACAGUUUGUUUGCGUUCUCGUCCAUGAUGGGAAGAAUUGGUUCUAUGGUGGCACCUCUCACACCUGCUUUUG